AUGGAAGUGACAAUGAAUACAACAAGAGUGACUGAGUUUAUUCUAGUGGGCAUUCCUUUUCUGCAUCAUCUACACCGGAUUUUCUUUGUUAUUGGUUUAUUUGUCUACAUGGUAGUCAUCAUGGGGAAUGGAUUUAUCCUCGUCAUCGUGACCUUUGAGCCCAGACUUCAGACUCCCAUGUACAUCUUCUUAAGCAACCUGGCUCUUCUGGAGAUCUGCUACACCACAACUGUAGUACCCAAACUGCUUCAGACAUUUGUACAACCACGGACCAAAAUCUGCUUCCGCUGCUGCCUGGCCCAGAACUUUUUCUAUUUCACGUUCGGUGGUUCAGAACUUUUAGUCCUUACAGCAAUGUCUUUUGAUCGUUAUUUGGCCAUCUGCAAGCCCCUUCAGUAUCCAGUAAUCAUGACUAAGAAUGUCUGCAUUCACUUGUCCUUGGCCGCUUGGUACGUGUCAUUCGUCACUUUGUUUUUUCAGUGUUUUGUUUUUUGGCAGAUGCCUUUUUGUGGGUCCAAUGUUGUUGACAAUUUCUUUUGCGAUUCUGCUGCUAUGUUUGGCCUUGUAUGUACUGAUACUCGCAUCAGUGAGUUUGUCGGAUUUCUUUUUGCUGUCUUAAUGAUAGUUGUGACCCUGAUCUUCACCGUAGCAUCAUAUGCUUGUAUCAUCUCAACCGUAAUGCACAUUCCUUCAGCUCUUGGGCGCAAGAAGGCCUUUUCUACCUGUACAUCUCACCUAAUUGCGGUGUGCCUAUUGUAUGGGGCCCUGAUAGCUAUGUACGUGAGACCCAAUGUGCAUUCGUCUUCUCGCAUAACCAGGGUACUGGCAGUCUUGAAUACAGCCUUUAUCCCAAUGCUGAAUCCUUUCAUAUAUACAAUAAGGAAUUCAGAGGUCAGAAAUGUCAUUAGGAAUAUAAUACACAAGAAGAGACAGUUGCUGAACAAUGAUUUUUAA